CGGCGAAACCGGAAUGCCGUCGCCGUUCGCCUGCAUCUUUCCUCGAGUGCACGCGGGAGCUGGCGGGAGCACACCAGGCCUCAGUGCGUCAGGACAUCUGCCCUAUAGAAAUCGGGACUCUCGAUCCCCCGAUCCGUUCCCUACUCUACAUCAGCGAUCCGUUUCCCUUGCUACAGAGUAUCAAUUACAUUGUUAUUACCCGGUAAGUAUCCCGAAGAUGUGGUCAGAUCGCAGAUAAUACACUGGUAUAAGAGCAUGCCGCAACAAUGGGACAGGUACACAGAAACGUGGCCCCCGUCGUGCGAGCAGCGCGAUAACGAUCGUGCGGUGCAACUAUGCGUCUAAUUUGGAUCUACCCGCAAAAGAGGAUGCCGCUCGCAAAAAAAAAAAGAAGAAGAAGAAGAGGGGUACGUGCCCCACGGGGUUCGGGCGUGUGCAUUCGGCCGCUCGCACGUACCCCAAAAUACGUACGUAUGUAUGUACGUAUAUAUAGCGAAGGGUUCGUCCUUUGGAGGAUUUAGUGAGACUCUCGGGAUGACGAGCGAAGUACGAGGCUCGCGGACAGGAAACACGGACUUCAGCAUAGCCCGUAUACUCGCGGAGGAACUCCCGGGUGCCGAGGUCGACGCGCGAAAACAGCACGAGUCUCCGGAGUGCGAUUCCCGGGGAGGAACGAAGGCUGGAGAACGGACGUCGGAACGUGCGGGCGAGCCGGAAAAGCGCGACACGUCGUACGUCCCCGUCGUAGCGGAGCGACAGCGAACCGGCGUCGGCGUCGCCGAGAGCACUACACGGUGGACCGAUCUCACGUGGCUUCAGUACACUCGGUACAGACCUCCGAGAUUACCUAGGAGGUCUCUCACUGAAAGACGGGUCAAGCGACAAGCAGGCGAUCAUCCUCGCAUCCCGUUCUCCUCGUCCCAGUUGCAGAUAUUAGAGGAGAAAUACAAAAAGGGUGCUUAUUUAUCCAGGACCGACGUCGUCGAAAUGUCCGCAACGUUACGACUGCCGCAGAACAAAAUCAAGAUCUGGUUUCAAAAUCGUCGAGCAAGACAGAAACGGGAAUCACUAAACUCUACGAUAACAGCACGAUGAUUCGACAACAAUGGAAAUCAAUAAGGUUCUUCUGGAAGCCUAUAUCUGGAUCAAGAAGGAUUCGACAAUGUAUCGAAUUUAAAUCGCAAUUAUUUCGAGCAACUCGACUUUCGGCUAUUUAUUUCGUGCCUUUCGACUAUUGUACUGUAAAUAAACUUAUUUAUAUACAACUUUAGCGCCAAAUUAUUACGAUUAUUUCCAAUCACGCGAGAAAUUAAGUCCACGCAAUGAUAUCUAAAUGCGCGAUCAUU